AUGUCCACCGCGGCGUACUACCUCCUCUCCACCCUGGGAGGGUACCUGGUGACCUCCUUCUUGUUGCUCAAGUACCCGACCUUGCUGCACCAGAGGAAGAAGCAGCGGUUCCUCAGCAAACACAUCUCUCACCGCGGAGGUGCUGGAGAAAAUUUGGAGAAUACAAUGGCAGCAUUUCAGCAUGCAGUUACUAUUGGAACUGAUAUGCUGGAACUGGACUGUCAUAUCACAAAAGAUGAGCAAGUUGUUGUAUCACAUGAUGAGAAUCUAAAGAGAUCAACUGGGGUCAAUGUAAACAUCUCAGAUCUCAAAUACUGUGAACUCCCACCUUACCUUUGCAAACUGGAUGUCACAUUUCAAAAAGCAUGCCAAUGUGAAGGAAAAGAUAACCGGAUUCCGUUACUGAAGGAAGUUUUUGAGGCCUUUCCUAACACUCCCAUUAACAUCGAUAUCAAAGUCAACAACAGUGUGCUGAUUAAAAAGGUUUCAGAGUUGGUGAAACAGUACAGACGAGAACACAUAACAGUAUGGGGUAAUGCCAAUUAUGAAAUUGUAGGAAAGUGCUACAAAGAGAAUUCAGAUAUUCCCAUUCUCUUCAGUGUACAACGUGUUCUGCUCAUUCUUGGCCUGUUCUUCACUGGUCUCUUGCCCUUUGUGCCAAUUCGAGAACAGUUUUUUGAAAUCCCAAUGCCUUCUAUCAUAUUGAAGUUAAAAGAACCACACAAAAUGUCCAAAAGUCAGAAGUUUCUCAUCUGGCUUUCUGAUAUUUUAUUAAUGAGAAAAGCUUUGUUUGACCACCUUACUGCCCGAGGCAUUCAGGUAUAUAUUUGGGUAUUAAAUGAAGAACAAGAAUACAAAAGAGCUUUUGAUUUGGGAGCAACUGGGGUGAUGACAGAUUAUCCAACAAAGCUUAAGAAUUUUUUACACAGUUUUUCAGCAUAG